AGCGUUUUUAGGUAGACCGGGAGUUUCGAGCUCUUACUAUGUCUGGUGUGAAAGCUGCAAGGCCAAUUCUGUCCAGAAAUCACGCAGAAGCUCGAAGGCGAGUCAUUAGUUUAUAUCGUGCCUGGUACAGACAACUUCCUUUUAUACCAAAAGAAUAUAGUCAUAGUAGCGUAGAUCUUACAGUGCCAGUUUUGCAUGCAAGAUUAAGAGAAGAGUUCCGUAAAAAUAAGGAUAUUAAAGAUUUACGUAUAAUUGACUUGUUAAUUCACAGAUGGCAAAAUGAACUACUUGAAGUGGCGCAUUUGUGGAAGUCUGAUACGCAUGUGAUGGAUUUCUUUAGAGAAGAUUAUCGCCCAGAAAAGCCGAAAGAUUUCUUGGAUAAAUUUUUAUCUGGGAAACAGUAAUAUUGACGAAAUUUGUGGAUUGUAGAAGCUUUUUUUGAUAGUGUGAUAGAUAAUUUUUGUUUCAGAAUUGUUGUGCUGUAUGCUAAAAGUGAUACGUGACAGCGUGAGAUGAGACCAGAUUUUGAUCGAGGCUUUGAGCUAAUAACAGUCUUAACCCGCUUUUUGUAGAUUUCCGGUACGGAUGAAUAUACAUAAGAUUGGGUAUAAUUACUUUUAGAAAGAGACCAUUAAAGACUGUCAAAUACAUAGAACCGCCAUAAUAACCAAGUCAAACUACAUUGAUUAUAACGCUUACCAUGCUAUGUUCGCAAAAAAGACUGGUUGGAAAAUAGUAAACUGUAAGUUCCAUACAUAAUUACAUCGUAGUACAGUAAUAGUAGUAAGGUGUCCCUCAUUUUCAACGAUGUUAUCUUGCCAUGGACAGGUGUCAGGAAAUAUUGACUGCCGAAAAUCGCACCCACACUUCCAAGGAAACUUAGGGAGGAAUUCAGUGUAAAUAAUUUCGAGUGAGGGGCAGUAGUAUACCCUAACAGGUAGAUAUAUCUAGGGGAACAUUUCUUCGAUGUCUGCUGACAGUCCAAUUUUAUGCUUUCUGAAUCUAUGCAAAACUCCCACUAGGUCGUUUGUAAGAUCUGGUCCAGAAUGAAUACAAUCGAAAUGGAAAGAAUCGUUUGAUGACCACGUUUAUG